AUGGAUUCCCAAGGACGAAAAGUGAUCGUGUGUGACAAUGGAACAGGGUUUGUCAAGUGUGGAUAUGCUGGCUCCAACUUUCCCGCUUUCAUUUUUCCUUCUCUUGUUGGAAGACCAAUGAUCAGAUCAACCACAAAAGUAGGAGAUAUUGAAAUCAAAGAUCUGAUGGUUGGUGAAGAGGCCAGUGAGCUGCGUUCAAUGUUGGAGGUCAAUUAUCCCAUGGAAAACGGCAUUGUUCGCAACUGGGAGGACAUGACGCAUCUGUAUGAUCACACAUUUGGUCCACAAAAGAUGAAUGUUGACACUAAAAAUACACGCAUUCUACUCACAGAACCUCCUAUGAACCCAAUGAAAAACAGAGAAAAAAUGAUUGAGCUGAUGUUUGAAAAAUACCAGUUCCACAGUGUUCACAUUGCCAUCCAAGCCGUUCUCACACUGUAUGCUCAAGGUCUUGUGACUGGGGUGGUUGUGGAUUCUGGUGAUGGUGUGACUCAUUUUUGCCCAGUGUAUGAUGGUUUUGCAUUGCCUCAUCUGACUAGGAGGUUGGAUAUAGCAGGAAGAGACAUUACAAGAUAUCUGAUUAAGUUGCUGCUACUUCGAGGGUAUGCAUUUAACCACUCUGCUGAUUUUGAAACUGUUCGCAUGAUGAAAGAAAAACUGUGCUAUGUGGCCUAUGAUAUUGAGCUGGAACAAAAGUUGGCCUUAGACACAACUGUCCUGGUAGAGCCUUACAUACUUCCAGAUGGCCGAGUGAUUAAGGUUGGUGGUGAAAGAUUUGGAGCUCCAGAAGCCCUUUUCCAGCCUCAUCUUAUUAACGUCGACAGUGUAGGUGUGGCUGAGCUUCUCUUCAACACAAUUCAGGCAGCAGACAUGGAUCUGCGUGCUGACUUUUACAAGCACAUUGUGCUGUCUGGUGGCUCCACCAUGUACCCUGGCUUGCCAAGUCGGUUAGAGAGGGAGAUCAAACAGCUGUAUCUGGAACGAGUCUUGAAAGGGAAUACUACUUCUUUGUCAAAAUUCAAGAUCCGCAUAGAGGACCCUCCUCGCAGAAAACACAUGGUCUUUAUGGGUGGAUCUGUAUUAGCUGACAUUAUGAAGGACAAAGAUGAAUUUUGGCUGCUGCGAUCAGAAUAUCAAGAAAAUGGGCUGCGUGUUCUCGACAAGUUGCUCAGGCCUGCUGCGCAUUAA